GGCGGCCAGUCACUCUGAAGCCGGUUUCCUCUGUGUGAGUAUUGAGUUUGGGUACCGAACAAAAUUUAACCCAGGAGCUUAAAGCAGCAUCAUUAACUGCCAGUCCCCGGUCUUUUGGGCCUCUUCGGCGCACACAUUCCUAAACAUGGCUGGGAGACGAGCUGCGUUGAAGGCCAUUGACUGGGCGGCUUUUGCAGAGCGGGUACCACCCAACCAGAGGACCAUGUUCAACAACCUGAAGACGCGAAGUGAUGCUAUCGCUGCCAAACUCACCUCUCUGCCUGAUAAACCUGCUGCCAUUGACUGGAGCUACUACAGAUCUGCUGUGGCUAAAGCAGGCAUGGUGGAUGAGUUUGAAAAAAAAUUCAAUGCCCUGAAGGUACCGGAGCCUGUAGACACGCAGACAGCACUUAUCAAUGCUCAGGAGGAGGAAGCGAGCAAAACAGCCACCGCCUACACUGAAGCAUCCAAGGCUCGUAUCGCUCAGUACGAGAAAGAGCUGGACAAAUUCAACAACAUGAUCCCCUUUGACCAGAUGACGACUGAAGACCUGAAUGACACAUUCCCAGAAACAAAGCUGGAUAAAGAAAAGCAUCCUUAUUGGCCACAUAAGCCCAUUGCUGAGCUGUAAAUGCACCGUGUGAUUCAUAUUCCAUAUGCUGAGCAAAACCUGUACAGUGUGUGUAAUUCUUUUUUUUUUUUUACAGCUUCUGUAGAGUUUGUAAAGUUUUUUCAGUGGAUGACUGGGAGUAAUUGUUUCAUUUCCUCCUAAUUUGGUGCAAUUAAUUCCCCAAAUUAAAUUCUGAAAACAUG